GUACAUGGAGGAUGACAGAAAAAUCCAAUGGUGUGAAGAGUUCCCCAGCCAAUAACCACAACCACCACGCACCUCCUGUCAUCAAGGCCAGUGGCAAAGAUGACCACAGGACCAGCAGCAGGCCACAGUCUGCAGCUGACGAUGACACCUCCUCAGAACUGCAGAGGCUGGCGGAGAUGGAUGCCCCCCAGCAGGGUAGGGGUGGCUUCCGCAGGAUUGUCCGCCUGGUGGGGAUCAUUAGAGAGUGGGCCAACAAGAAUUUUCGUGAGGAGGAACUGCGACCUGACUCAUUCCUGGAGCGUUUCCGUGGGCCCGAGCUCCAGACUGUGAUGACACAGCAAGGGGAUGGCAAAGGCGACAAGGGCACCAAGAAGAAAUUUGAACUAUUUGUCUUGGAUCCAGCUGGGGACUGGUACUACUGCUGGCUAUUUGUCAUUGCUAUGCUUGUCCUCUACAACUGGUGCCUGCUGGUGGCCAGAGCCUGUUUCAGUGACCUACAAAAAGGCUACUACCUAGUGUGGCUGGUGCUGGACUACUUCUCAGAUGUAGUGUAUAUCACGGACCUCUUCAUCCGAUUGCGCACAGGUUUUCUGGAGCAAGGGCUGCUGGUCAAAGAUCCUAAGAAGUUGCGGGACAACUAUAUCCACACCCUGCAGUUCAAGCUAGAUGUGGCUUCUAUCAUUCCCACGGACCUGAUCUAUUUUGCUGUGGGCAUCCACAGCCCUGAGCUGCGCUUUAACCGCUUGCUACACUUUGCCCGCAUGUUUGAAUUCUUUGACCGCACUGAGACACGUACCAGUUACCCCAACAUCUUCCGAAUCAGCAACCUGGUCCUCUAUAUCUUGGUCAUCAUCCACUGGAAUGCCUGCAUUUACUAUGCCAUCUCCAAGUCCAUUGGCUUUGGGGUUGACACCUGGGUUUAUCCCAACAUCACUGACCCUGAGUAUGGCUACCUGGCUAGGGAAUACAUCUACUGCCUUUACUGGUCUACCCUGACACUUACCACCAUUGGGGAGACGCCACCCCCUGUAAAGGAUGAGGAGUACUUAUUUGUCAUCUUUGACUUCCUGAUUGGUGUCCUCAUCUUUGCCACCAUUGUGGGAAACGUGGGCUCCAUGAUCUCCAACAUGAAUGCCACCCGGGCUGAAUUCCAGGCCAAGAUUGAUGCUGUCAAACAUUACAUGCAGUUCCGAAAGGUCAGCAAGGAGAUGGAAGCCAAGGUCAUUAAAUGGUUUGACUACCUGUGGACCAAUAAGAAGAGUGUGGAUGAACGGGAAGUUCUCAAGAACUUGCCAGCCAAGCUGAGGGCUGAGAUAGCCAUCAAUGUCCAUCUGUCCACCCUCAAAAAAGUGCGUAUCUUCCAGGAUUGUGAGGCUGGCCUGCUGGUGGAGCUGGUAUUGAAGCUCCGUCCUCAGGUCUUCAGCCCUGGAGAUUACAUUUGCCGCAAGGGGGAUAUUGGCAAGGAGAUGUACAUAAUCAAGGAAGGCAAAUUGGCAGUAGUGGCUGAUGAUGGUGUUACUCAAUAUGCCCUUCUCUCGGCUGGGAGUUGCUUUGGAGAGAUCAGUAUCCUUAACAUUAAGGGCAGCAAAAUGGGCAAUCGACGCACAGCCAAUAUCCGUAGCCUUGGUUACUCAGAUCUCUUUUGCUUGUCCAAGGAUGAUCUUAUGGAAGCUGUGACUGAGUAUCCUGAUGCCAAGAAGGUCUUGGAGGAGAGGGGCCGGGAGAUCCUGAUGAAGGAGGGGCUGCUGGAUGAGAAUGAGGUGGCUGCCAGCAUGGAAGUAGAUGUACAAGAGAAGCUAGAGCAGCUGGAGACCAACAUGGAGACCUUGUACACUCGCUUUGGCCGCCUGCUGGCUGAGUACACAGGAGCCCAGCAGAAACUCAAGCAGCGCAUUACAGUUCUGGAAACCAAGAUGAAGCAGAACAAUAUGGAUGAUUACCUGUCAGAUGGGAUGAAUAGCCCCGAGCCAGCUGCUGCUGAUGAGCCAUAAGGGCUUGGGCUCAACUGCCUUCCCAGCCUUGGCCUUGACCCCAGGAACUAGAAGAGCCAUGCAGGUGUCCAUAUUGUAUGCAUUGCCCUCUUGAAUUCUCCUUGAAGCCUCUAGGAGCCCUCCUCCAAGUCCGGCUAAUAGCCAAGCUUAUGCACAGUGCAGACCAUGGUGGCUCAGCUUCCAGAAGCUUUAGCUUGUCCAAGUCUGAGGAAAGAAGAGAGGAGCAGCUGAACUAUCUUGAAGGGGUCU